AUGCCUAGACAACUCGCCGUCGACUCAUCUAAAGCUCGCAAACGAUUUACACAAUGCCAACAGUGUUAUAAAGGAAAGGACCAUGCAAAGCUCUUCGUAUGUGCUGGAUGUAAAGUAGCAUUGUACUGCAGUGCGAAAUGCCAGAAGGAGCACUGGCCAUUCCACAAAACGAUAUGUAAACAACAUCAAGAACGUGUCUCCCACAUCGCUUCUCUCGAUGAUCAAGUGCUUUCCAAAGCAUCUACCUCGACGAUCUCUGACGAGCCAGCUGUCCUCCUUCCUUCGGAGCUGACGGAUGAGAUGCGCUCAUUCAUAAACAAAUUUGGCCCUGCUUUGUUCCAGGCUGGCUUCAACUGCGUGGACAUCGCCAAUCAUCCCAUGGGGUGGACUCAGGUGGUGUGCUAUGUCAUUCUGGAGCAUUUUUCUAGUAUAUCCCCCACCUCUCGCCCAUGGUCACGUUUUCGGGUGUUAGAAGCUGAGCCUUUCCCAUUAGUCACCCUUCACCUGCAGUGGAAUCCCGAGCAAGUGAAGGACUUCAUCGAGAGGAAGCAGGCGCAGGAGCGCCACCAUCAGGAGAGUGGAUUCCUGGGAUCCAUCACGAUCGUGUUGUCGUGCAGGCACAUGGACAGCGACCUGCCCCUUGUCGUGCACAACACAUCGUUCCACGGGUUUGGGUCCCACUCGAAGGCCGAGUUGGAGAUAUCCGACGAUUGGAGGGACAAACUUAAGGAGACAGUGGAGAGGAUGUGUGGUCGGGGCGCUUUUGGAUACCUCGAAACCUCUGAAACCUCUGAAGUUUCCGAACCCUCUGGGGAGAGUUAUUUGACAUCCCCGGAUUGA